AACCGGAGAGGCCCUGGGUAAAAAGCAGGGGCAGCGUCUUCCUGGCACCCUCUCAGAUGACGCUGGUUCAGGACAGCCCCCACACAAGGUAGCCAGCCAGGAACCGCUGUCAGCAAGGGUGCAAGAAUCCGGGCCGAGGGACCUGAUGCCAAGCUGAUUCUUUUCUUAGGACAUCAUGGUGGCUGGAGCCCAGGGCUUGAAUUGGUGUGGAUACAUCAGAUCUGCACUGUUACACUAGCUCCGUAACUUCAGGGUCUCCAUGCUGCCAGCCCUGCUCAAAAAAAUAGCAAGAAGGAGACUAAUUUAUUAGCUGUUAAUGCUGUUAGGCAAUAAUCCCAAGCUCCGAGUUGCACAAAUCCAGUUGGAAGAGAUGGAAAUGUGAAGUGGUCAUCCGGACAAAGCCGUCAAGUUCAGAAAAAUAGAUGGUUCAUGAGAAGUUUGCAGACGUCAAACCAACGGUAAAGUUCAGUGGAUGUUUACAAAAGAAGAGUAUAGCCUGACGGAGAGGUAUUUUCUGUGGUGUUGAAGCUAGUGCUUUGAGCAUGAGGAAAUGGUUAAGAGCCAGGCUCUGUACAGCUCUUCUGUGAGUGAAAUCUCCAAGUCACAGCAGGAAAUCUGAGUCAAGACAGGGAAGGUGGAGAUGACAAGGGAAGUGCUAGCUGAUGCUGAGGCAGAGUGGACUUGGUAAGAUCGAUGGGCCCGGCAAGCAUGUGGGACAUGGAGCAGUCAGGUGAGUACAGGUGCCUUACCUGCUCUAUCGUCAUCCCUCACCAAGUCUCCAGCUCAACGCUGCCCCUGUCUUUUGGCUGAGGCAGCUGUCACAGCAGCUGAGAGUGUGUUCUUGUCAUCAGCUUUUGUCUGAGUGUAAAUCCCAGCCCUCUAUGUCCUUGGUCACAUCACUUUAAUGUCUGUAAAUGUGGCAUGGCAGCCCAGCCCCACAUUCCUGGAGCUCUUCAAGAAGUAGAUGAGACAGGUCAGGUUGCCAAGCUAUGGCUCCAUGCUUUCUGCCCUGAGCCAUGACAAGCAGUCUCUCUCUCUCUCUCUCUCUCUCUCUCUCUCUCUCUCUCUCUUUCUCUCUCUCUCUUUCUCUCUCUCUGUGUGUGUGUGUGUGUGUGUGUGUGUGUAUCUACUUUUUAUGUCCCCUGGCUAGCAACUCUUAACUUUAUUAUUUUCUUCAUCAUUCUAGGUCUUCAGCCUACAAAUCUUUCUGGCAAUAGCGCUACCACUCCCUACUUUCCCAUCCCUAGAAACUCACCCCUACACUACAGCAUUGCCACUUCCUACUUUCCCAUCCCUAGAAACUUCCCUACAUUCUUUUAUCCUCAAAUUCCAGUGUGCUAGUGUCCAAGGCUCAACUGUGUACACUGCUUUGUUGAAGUCAACGGGUUGGGAAGAUGGCUAACCCAGUCUACAGUGCCAGCCUGCCCUUCCCAGGUUCAAACACUUCCCAAGUCUCCUUGAAAGAAUCCCAGGAAGCAUUUUUUUCAACUUGAGGAGAAAUUUUGGAAGAGGAAGCGUUGAAUAUAAUCACGUAGGAUGCAAAGACUGCCACCAGCUUUUGCAGUACUUCUAAUUGAUAACUUUCAUAUCGAUUGGGAUAUCAGCACUUCUGGGGUGUUAGAAUUCUUGCUUAUGUUCCUAGUGAAGUUACAUCAUUAACAAAGAAGGAGAGCCACAAUGCAUGAGGAUUCAGAAUGUGGCUGGGGACAGGGCCACUGUGCAUAUUAGUCUUUGUCCUCAAAAGCUGGGCAAGACGGGAGAAAGACUACCUGACAUGUGUUAGUUCAGGAUUGAUGGAGUCAACACAGAUAAAAAGGUAGAAUACAGGCAUCUUCAGGAGCAGAAUUGUUCUUUUAAUCAGAAUGACUGAAGGGUCCUAGUCUGUCUGAGGGAAUGGAGGCUGUUAUGAAACACAAUGGGGAGAGGGGAAACCUGGAGGGCCUGUGCCUGGGUAUGCCCAAGAGAAAAUAGGCCAUGCAGCAAAUCUGUUAUAUAGUGGGUCUGUUGGAGGAAAAGGGAGGAGUGAGGACCUGGGAAGGGGUAGAGGCAGAUGAGUGGACAUGUAGACAGGCAGACAGAUGGAGGCAGAGCCUUGAGUGCAGUGAAGGACAGAAAGGGGAAGAGAGGGAAUACACGGGGACAGAGAAAGAGCUGUGAUGAUGGGCAGUCCUUUUAUAGGAAGCCUGCACCUGGCUGUGGCAGGUGAUAACACAGCCUUUUCUUGGUUCCCUGGAAGGAGCUGAAUGAAAUCACCUGUUAGCUAACAGAGCCAGCACUGUGGCUCUAGGGGCAGGUGUGCGGUGUUAUACUCAGUGGGUAAUCUUUCAGCCUCAGUUCUGCUACUACUGUGUCAGGAACUGUCCGGGCUGGCAGUUAUCCUUGAGCAUGGGGUUUCCUGGUUAGUGUUUGCCAGACUGAGAAAUGUUUACUCUUUAACAUGGCCAUAGUUUUGCAUCCUGAUUCUAAAAGUAUACCAAAAUUACUUCAGUAAAAUAAAAGUUAGACAGUAAAACAAACAACACCAACAAACAGGCCCAGGCUUGUUUGUUAACAAGCAAACCCUGACACAGCAGCUAGAUGGUCCUGAGCCCCAGGCAGCCUCAGCUACUUCCCGUUUAGCAGGAUUCAAAAACAAGAGAUAAGAGUCAGUCCACGGCACUGGCCACCAUAGCAAAGCAAUGAACUUCAGUCUAGGUGUUGUGCAAACUCCUCUGAAUUGAAACCCUCCAUCUUAGAGGAAGUCUCAUUCAGACAGGAAGUAAACAACUCACGACUUUCAGGAAGUCACCGAAAUGUACAACAUUCACAAGGCCUUCCUCCCUCAAGGCUCUAAAAACAGUCAUAGUCAUACAGAGGAAGAGAAACUCUAGGCAGUUGCUACAAGGUGACAGAGAGCUUUAAGGAUGCCUCUUGGUAAACAGUCACCCAGGCUGGGGUUUGCUUUUCAUGAGUUGUCCAUGUUUCCUCUAAGUAUCUCUCAUUCACACUCCUGUAAGUAACCAAUAAACUAAGUUGGACUUUGGGGAGUUGUGGGAUUUUGUUGUUGUUUUGUAUUUGGGGGGUUUGUUUGUCUGGGAUGAUUAGGGUAUUAUUCAGCUGCAAAGAUGAAUAAAAGUAUGUCGUUUGCAGAAAUAUGACACAAUGAGGUCAACAUAUUAGGUAAAAUAUGGCAGACUCAGAGUGCAAAUAUCACAUUUUCUUUCAUGUUUAGAGGGGAAGUUUUUAUUUUGUUUGCAGUAGGGUCUUACUGUGUAGCCUUGGCUGCCUUGGAAUUUGCUGUGUAGACCAGUGUAACCUUGAACUCAGAAAUCUGCCUGCCUCUGCCUCUAGCAUUAACUGAUUAACUGAUGUGUAUCACAUUGUCUGGCUAGCAUCUAGACUUAAAAGGACUUGGAGGUGGAAGUGAGAGGCAGAAAAUAAAAGAUAGCAUUAGACAUGUGAGAUACACGCAUUACACACACAAAGGAGACCUUGUCAUAUUAGCUCUCAGAUGCCAUCACAUUCAAUUACAUGUGCCCAGAAUCUUGUGCUGGGUAUAGUAGUGAACACCACAUUCCCAUGUCUACUGUUUUAUUUAAAGUGGAAUCUCUUCAAAAUUUGCUUUAAUGAAGUUUUCUACAUGUAGACUCAUACCUGAUUAAUAAGAUGGGAUUUCAUGGUAGCCAGUGGUGGUAUCCCUUUGAUAUGCUCUUUGUGAACUCCCUGAAAGACUAUCCAAAAGAACAAGUGAGAGUCUGCUCACCAUUGCCAAGGAUAUUUGGAAAUAACACUAAUACUGUCCCUGUGCAUGAGUACUUCUGAGAUGGGACAUUGUUGUGUUAUUGUAUCACUCAACUUAACCUGUAAUAAUAGUCUAAUAUACUUAAAGGGCAUAAAUGAAGACUUGAUUUCUUUAAAACAUCUCAGUACCGAGUUUAUGAAAGCUACAACAGAGUCUGGGAAGAUAUUUUAGAGCCCUAAGGCCACAGACAUUUUGUGUUUGCAGACUGGAGGAUGUAACAUACAUGAGACAUACAUUCUGAUGGAGAAAGCCUUUAGGGACUGUGGCAACCAGGAAGACUGGGAGACUCUGGUACAGCUAUGUCCCCACAAAGCCCUUAAGAGGGAGGACGGUUACCUUGUAUGGCAUCCUAGGGCAAGGAAGGCAUUCAUCACAGCAGUGAGGUCACAGAAGGCACCACUCCAAAACAAGAGAAGACUUUACUUGGAGUAUGCUAUAGAGACCAUCCAGUUUGCAGACCACCAGCCAUCUCUUUUUUUUUUUUUUACAAUUUGUUUGUUUUGUUUGGGGCACACUGUUGCUUUUUUGCUUUUGUUUGUUUUGUUUGCUUUAAAAUUUUCUUUCUUCCUUCUCUCUCUCUUUCUUUCUUUCUUUCUUUCCUUCUUUCUUUCAAGACAGACUCUUUAGGCUAGUCUGCCAUCGAAUAUAUGUAGCUAAAGUUGACCCUCAAUUCCUGAUCUGCCUCUGCUUGAAUGCUGGGAUAAUAGGUGUGUGCUGUCACCCCUGUUUUAUACAGGGCUGAGAAUGAAACCCAGGACCUCCUGUGCUAGGCAAACACAGUCCAACAGAGCUACAUCACCUGCCUGUUGUUUCAUUCUUCACUCUGAUAGCCCUUCUUUCCCCAUGUAUUCCUGGUCGGGAGCUUCCAUGGGAAUGUGGAGUGAAGGCUGAGGGGAGGCCAUCAGAGUAACUAAGCUGUAUUCUUCUGGGUGACUAGGGAAAGGCUUUCUAGAUUAAUUUAGAAUUAUUAAUUAUGAUGAAGUUAUUAUGGUUAAAGUUUCUUGGCACACGUAUGGAAAUCAUUUAUCCAGAUAGUCCCUAGUUAACAUGGGUAAUUGGAUUUUGGAAACAUAAAACGUUAGUUUAGGGGUGGGGGUUGUUGUAGAAGAUGGAAAUAUUUGGAAAAGAAUUGUGUCAAAAUUGUCAUCCAAGAUGAAGGGUGAUUGUACAGCGCCAAGAUUCUCAAAUCCCAUUACCAACCUUGGAUAAAUCAGAUUCAAAGUACAACCAAAACAGAGCAGAAACAAUCCCUGCAAUAGACAGGGUGGUGAGGAAGAGAGCAGUCUGUAGGCCUAAGCAGGAGGUGCUCAGUGAUUUCCUUAUGUAUUACACUCUAAACUGGCAAGACAUCUUUGUGUGGUCCAAAUGCCAUUAAUGAGGUUAAGUGAGAAUUAUUGUUGUUUAACAUUUCCAUAGAAUUACACAUUUGCUAAAAGAUGUAUAGCCCCUUGUUCCUAAAUAUUCAUAUCUUUGUAAAGCAGAAGCUCCUAUCUUUGGAUGGGAAGCCUCAGGGAAGACGAAGGAGCUCCAAGCAGGUCGUGAGGAUCAGAGCUGUGCUUACAUCAGCUUUUUGGCGGAUGGAUCAGUUUACACAGUAAACUGUGAACUGCAGAAUGCACACCAGAAGAGGACAUCAGAUCCCAUUACAGUUGGUUGUGAGCCACCAUGUGGUUGCUGGGAAUUGAACUCAGGACCUGUGGAAGAACAGUAAGUGCCAUCUCUCUAGUCCCAUUUUGAACAUUCUUAUAUAUUAAAAUCCAAUUCUGUUCCCCAAACCAGCUGGGAGGAAAAUAAAAGGACGUUGCUUUCCUUGUCUUAAUGAAAAGGGGUUUGUUUGAAUUAUGAGUUUGGUUUCUUUUCCUUUUGAAAAUAAAGGUGAGUGAACACAUUGAAAUUUCUUCAAUGACUGUCAGUUCUUAAAAAGUUCAUUUUCCAAACUUUAAGUAAAAUUCUUUUUUUUAAAAAAAAAGAUUUAUUUAGUAGUUUUCUGUGCAUGUGUGUCUUUGUGGGUUUGUGGGCACCAUGAGGAGGUCUCUCAUCAGGAAGCUUCCAGAAAAAUACCAUGUGUCUGUUCUCAGCAAAACAUCCUCUCAAAAGACAGUUUCCAGAAAAACAGCACAUGACACAACUGAGUCUCCAAUGAAACCAGAAAUUCCCACUUCAGUGAUUUCCCUAGACCCACUGAAGAAGCAAACCUGAACUUUCCACGGGCACACAUCUUUACCUUAGCAUUCUGUACAGCUGAAGACUGCCAAAACUGGACAGAGAGGCACCAUUCAUUAGAGCCAGUAUAGUUAACAGACAGCAGAGACGAGUUCUACAAUGACAGCAAGGCAUAUCAUGAGCAAUUGUGUAACUUUCAUUUGACUAAAUAGUCAAAUAUCUUUGGGAAAUAAGAAAUAACAAAAAGUUGCAAUGGUUCAUUUGAAAAAAAGGAGCAAAGAGGACUCUGUAAAUGAGAAACAAAGGUGAAGAAAGCAGCAGGUACAUGUGGCAGGGCAGCAGGUAUCCAUGGCAGGGCAGCAGGUAUCCAUGGCAGACCAGCAGGUAUCUGUGGCAGACCAUCAGGUAUCCGUGGCAGACCAGCAGGUAUCCGUGGCAGACCAGCAGGUAUCCGUGGCAGACCAGCAGGUAUCCGUGGCAGACCAGCAGGUAUCCGUGGCAGACCAGCAGGUAUCCGUGGCAGACCAGCAGGUAUCCAUGGCAGACCAUCAGGUAUCCGUGGCAGACCAGCAGGUAUCCAUGGCAGACCAGCAGGUAUCCGUGGCAGACCAGCAGGUAUCCGUGGCAGGCCAGCAGGUAUCCAUGGCAGACCAGCAGGUACAUGUGGCAGACCAGCAGGUAUCCAUGGUACAGGUAUCCAUGGCAGACCAGCAGAUAUCCGUGGCAGACCAGCAGGUAUCCGUGGCAGACCAGCAGGUAUCUGUGGCAGACCAGCAGGUACAUGUGGCAGGCCAGCAGGUAUCCGUGGCAGGCCAGCAGGUAUCCAUGGCAGACCAGCAGGUACAUGUGGCAGACCAGCAGGUAUCCAUGGUACAGGUAUCCAUGGCAGACCAGCAGAUAUCCGUGGCAGACCAGCAGGUAUCCGUGGCAGACCAGCAGGUAUCCGUGGCAGGCCAGCAGGUAUCCAUGGCAGACCAGCAGGUACAUGUGGCAGACCAGCAGGUAUCCAUGGUACAGGUAUCCAUGGCAGACCAGCAGGUAUCCGUGGCAGACCAGCAGAUAUCCGUGGCAGACCAGCAGGUAUCCUUGGCAGGCCAACAGGUACAUGUGGCAGACCAGCAGGUAUCCAUGGCAGACCAGCAGGUAUCCGUGGCAGACCAGCAGGUAUCCGUGGCAGACCAGCAGGUAUCCGUGGCAGACCAGCAGGUAUCCAUGGCAGACCAGCAGGUAUCCAUGGCAGACCAGCAGGUAUCCGUGGCAGACCAGCAGGUAUCCGUGGCAGACCAGCAGGUAUCCGUGGCAGACCAGCAGGUAUCCGUGGCAGACCAGCAGGUACAUGUGGCAGGCCAGCAGGUAUCCGUGGCAGGCCAGCAGGUAUCCAUGGCAGACCAGCAGGUACAUGUGGCAGACCAGCAGGUAUCCAUGGUACAGGUAUCCAUGGCAGACCAGCAGAUAUCCGUGGCAGACCAGCAGGUAUCCGUGGCAGACCAGCAGGUAUCCUUGGCAGGCCAACAGGUACAUGUGGCAGGCCAGCAGGUAUCCAUGGCAGAUCAGCAGGUAUCCGUGGCAGACCAGCAGGUAUCCAUGGCAGACCAGCAGGUAUCCUUGGCAGGCCAACAGAUACAUGUGGCAGGCCAGCAGGUAUCCGUGGCAUGCCAGCAGGUACAUGUGGCAGGCCAGCAGGUAUCUGUGGCAGACCAGCAGGUAUCCAUGGCAGGCCAGCAGGUAUCCAUGGCAGACCAGCAGGUAUCCGUGGCAGGCCAGCAGGUAUCCAUGGCAGACCAGAUCAGCAGAAGAGACUAGAGGUACCUGUGAGUCAUAAAGGACCACAAUGCAGAAAAACUGAGAAAUAGAGAUACCAGAGAGAUCAAUUUUAUUAUGUUUAUUUAUUAUUUAGCUCAUGUGUAUGUGUGCAAGUGUGCAAGUCCCAGGGUACAAUUGGAGUCUCUUCUUCUACCAUGCAGGCCUUGGGGACAGAAUCCAGGUUGUCAGGCUUGGAACCAGCCUCUUAGAAUAGAAAUCCCUUCUUGGAAAAUUAACUUGAGAGGACUAUGCCUUCAUCACACUUCCCAAACUUUCCUGAUCACAAAACACCUGUGAAACAAAUUUAUUGAUAGGAUACUGAUAAGCACUCACUCAUGAGCUAUGGCACAUAUCCACAUCACAAUAAUGAAGACAGCAAAGUAAGUCACACCGAUAAGUAAUUGAGCAAGUGAUCAGAUUUGACUUACACAUCAGUUUUUGACAAAAUGCAAAAUAAAUGCUAUGAACAAACUACACCAAGUAGUCAACUUUUGAAAAUAAAUUGUUCUUCAUUUAAAACAAAGUUUAAUUGGUCUCCCAGACAGUGAGGAGGAAGGAAGAGUGGUAGACAGUGAAAGAAUAGUAAAUACUAAAGAUAUAUGGAGAGGUUUGUCUCAGGACAUAUCACAAGGAGAUGUUAAACUCUGUAAAUAAACAGGAGAGCCAAGUAUGCUCUUGGCUGGCGUGUGCCUGUGUGAGAGGAUUAAUCCACCACAACUUCAUGCAGACAAAAAGCUCUGUACUGGAGGAUAGAACCCCACAAAUAAAACACACACACACAAAAAAAA